UGAACAAUAAUUUAACUACUUGAGUUCGAAGCAAGAAACUGCUCCUCCAUCAUCUUCCUCUGUUGAAUCUUCUUCAUAUUCUCAAGUUUACUCCAAAAAUCUGCGAAGAUAGAGAAAAAUUGAAGCAGAGAAGAGGAAACUACAAACUAAGAAAAUUAAAUGGAUUGCUCAAUCUGCACCACAAUGCCAUCUAUUUUAAGACCACCAAGGAACACGAUAUGUGGAUCAUGCUACGAAGGAGCUAGAACCACUAUCGCACUGCUCAAGAAGCUCGAGGGCUCGAAAGAAGAUCAUGACAAAUUCACCGAUAAGUCUACCGUCACUAAUGGCUCUUCUCUUUCUUCUUCUCCUUUGUUUUCUUGCGAGCCGCAACCAUUAGAGAAGGUGAUAAAAUGGAUGAAAAACAUGAAAGAAACCGAAGAGGAGCAGAAGAAGAGAAUAGUCUUCUUGAGCAGCUUUGUUUCGGGAUUCAAAGAACAGCUUCAUGCUGAUAUUCUUCUAAAACCCGGAGAUGACGGACCUCCGAUUCCUGCACAUAGAGCUCUGCUGGCUUCAAAAUCCGAGAUCUUUAAGAAUGUUCUAGAUUCAGACGAAUGCAAAACCGCUCCAGAAUACGCCAUAACGCUUCAAGAACUAAACUCCCAGGAACUUCAAGCUCUCUUGGAGUUUCUAUACACGGGUACAUUGGCUUCAGACAAGUUGGAGAAGCAUGUCUAUGCAUUGUUUGUUGCAGCUGAUAAGUACAUGAUUCAUUACUUGCAAGAGUUCUGCGAGCAACAUAUGUUGAGCACCUUGGACAUUUCUAGCGUUCUUGACGUUCUUGAUGUCUCGGAUCUUGGUUCGAGCAAGAUGCUGAAGGAAGCUGCUUUAGGAUUCGUGGUGAGAAACAUUGACGAAAUCGUUUUCUCCGAAAAAGAAAACCAUAUAGGUAUGGCGAACAUGGAUCUAUUCCACGAUGGAUUAGUGAAGAUCUUGAAAGAAAAAUACCAUCCCGAUGUAAAGUUUUUGGCUGGCGAUGAUGAUCACGAAGAUCCUAUCCCCGCCCACAGAAUUAUUAUGGGCGCAAGAUCAGACUUUCUGAAAGAGUUAUGUGAGGAUAAUGAUUAUUAUAAGGAGAAGCCAAUCAUUCUCUACGAAAUGAACCAUGAAGAACUAGAGGCUUUUGUCGAGUUCAUGUACGUGGGAGACUCCAUACAACCCGAGAAGUUGAAGAAACACGCAAGGUCGUUAUAUCUUGCAGCUGAUUUGUACAAAGUUCCGUUAUUACGAGAGCUUUGUAGAUACCAACUUAUGUCUUCACUUAACACGAAGAAUGCUCUUGACAUCUUCGAGCUCUCGAAAGAUGAUCCUCAUGAGAAACCCCUCCACGACAAAGCUCGGGGUCAUGUUAUAAGUCACAUGAAGGAGAUUGUUUUAACUCAAGAGUUUAAAUCGUUCGUCGAGAGAAAUCCAAGUCUAACCGUGGAGCUGAUCAGGGUUCUUACAUUGCACGGAGGAGCGGGCAGAACAUGCCCGUAA